CUCAGGGUUUGCGCUGCGCGGAAAUUCUAGACUCUAGACUCGUUCUCGUCGUCCUUGUUCUUCAAUAAUUGCCGCCUUGGUCCUUCCGCGCUUCUCUUCAUUGAUUGUAUUUUAGCCUCCCUUCGUUCUCCCUCUCUCGUCGUGAUCUCCGGCAACGCGGAUUGGGAACCUUGUGACGUUCAUGACAUUUUCCACGGCUACUCCGAAGCCUUUUCCGGGUACUCGAAAAGGAGAAGAAAACCUCAUACCACAAUCCCAGGAGACUGGGCAAGUGGUUCCGGAAGGACACGAUGCCAACGCGGCUACGGUGACAAAGGAGAAGCCUGUGGCUAAGCCAUGGGCUCAUUUUGUUGCAGGAGGGUACAACAAGCCAUCCCAGCGCAGCCUGCCGGGCAAAUCGAAACUGACGGAUUUCUAGCAUCGGUGGCAUGACCGCAGCAGCCUUGACUUCUCCUCUCGAUGUUCUUAAAACCCGUUUACAAUCCGACUUCUACCAGGCGCAAUUACAAGCGCUGCAUGCCCAGCACCACUACCCUCAGAAAACCACUCUCACCUCGAUCCCUCGAUCCGCAUAUUUCCAUAUUGCAGAGACUGUACAAAUACUACGGUCCAUACACCAACAUGAAGGUUUCCGCGCGCUCUUUCGGGGUCUGGGGGCGAAUCUGAUUGGCGUUGUUCCUGCCCGAAGCAUCAAUUUCUACGUCUACGGUAAUGGCAAGAGGAUACUUAAUAAUUACUUCAAUCCGGAAGGUCGAGAGAAUGUCUGGAGCGUACAUCUUGCAGCGGCAGCCAUUGCCGGAAUCGCCACGGGCACUGCGACCAAUCCCAUAUGGUUGGUAAAGACCAGAUUGCAACUCGACAAGAAUACCGCUAGUCACGAUCCGACACGAGGAAGACAGUACAAGAACAGCUGGGACUGUAUCAAGCAGACUGUCCGACACGAGGGUAUCAGAGGCCUGUAUCGUGGACUGUCGGCUUCGUAUCUGGGAGUCACAGAAUCUACGCUGCAAUGGGUAUUGUACGAGAGGCUGAAAUUGUCUCUUGCACGGCGCGAAGCCAGGCGGUUGAACACUCCAGGAUAUCGACGGACGUGGCUAGAUGAUGCAGAAGAAUUUGGGGGGAAAUUCACCGCUGCUGCUGGAGCGAAGGGUGUCGCUGCCGCCAUCACAUAUCCGCAUGAAGUGGUCAGAACGAGGUUACGACAGGCGCCAACCAUGACGACCGAGACUGGCAAGGUGACUGUCAAGUAUACUGGUCUGGUGCAGUGUUUCCGACUGGUUGCGAAAGAGGAGGGGGUGGCUGGUUUGUACGGAGGCAUGACGCCGCACUUGCUUCGAGCAGUCCCCAGUGCGGCUAUCAUGUUUGGAACGUAUGAGGUUAUCCUGCGACUGUUCGGGACAACUUCCUGAUGUGGAACCCGAGGAAGGGUUCCUCUGCAUUGUACAAAACAAUGUCCUCUUCGUCGGUAUCCUUCUCCUCCACAAGCGGAUGCUGUACACCAAUCCGGCAACUUCGCCAAAUCAAAAGUUUGCAUUGGGUCAGGCGCAAAUCAGAAUGGGUUGGGAAGGAAACAUCUUUUCUUCAGUGCGGCCGAUACCCUUCUCCUGUAUGAUGAACCAUGUAUAUUAUGCUUAACUAGAGCAAUGGCUUAGAGAACUAAGCUCGUAAUCCAGACACUUUUGGCUUUCUC